CGGUCCUGCUUAGUAGUAUGGGACCCCCACUGAUAGCGGUCCUGCUUAGUAGUAUGGGACCCCCACUGAUAGCGGUCCUGCUUAGUAGCAUGGGGCCCCCCACUGAUAGCGGUCCUGCUUAGUAGUAUGGGACCCCCACUGAUAGCGGUCCUGCUUAGUAGUAUGGGACCCCCACUGAUAGCGGUCCUGCUUAGUAGUAUGGGACCCCCACUGAUAGCGGUCCUGCUUAGUAGCAUGGGGCCCCCACUGAUAGCGGUCCUGCUUAGUAGUAUGGGGCCCCCACUGAUAGCGGUCCUGCUUAGUAGUAUGGGACCCCCACUGAUAGCGGUCCUGCUUAGUAGUAUGGGGCCCCCAAUGAUAGCGGUCCUGCUUAGUAGUAUGGGACCCCCACUGAUAGCGGUCCUGCUUAGUAGUAUGGGGCCCCCACUGAUAGCAGUCCUGCUUAGUAGUAUGGGGCCCCAUGAUUACUGAUAGUGGCCCUGCCCAGUCUCUUUCAGAACCAACGCAUUGGAUUUUACACAUUUGCCAUGUUUCUGUGGGAUUUCAGUUUAAUCAAUACAGUACAGAAAGCACUGGAUGGGGGUAAAAAACACUUUUAUACAACGUAUUAACCAACAUUAGUUGGGCUGCUGGUGUGUGCGAGGCAUAUUGAAAGGGAAACUCCACCCAGUAACUGUGUUUUCUAUAAUAAAAAUAAAUUAUAAUUCUUAAUAUAUAUUAACUAAAAAUUCUCAAAGGUUUAACAUGUAUUUGUAAAUGUAAUUGCUGUUGAAAGCAGUUUAUAUUGUCUGCACUACUAAUUCUGACUCCUGAAAAAAUGUAGCAGAAGCCAGGUGUUUAAAAGAAGUGGAAGAGAACUGACUUCCGCUACAUUUUCUCAAGCAUCAGACCCCGAGGACAGAUAAGCAGACACUGCUUUCAACUGCAACCACAUUCUUUCAUUAUGAAAUAAACAGUUUAGGGGAGAAAGAACUCUUUGAAAUUAUAGGUGGCAGCUGUGGGGAGGUUUAAUUACUGUUGGUGCUCAGUCAUUCUGAUAUAACUGCAAAUUUUGAAAGUAUCAAUUGAUUAGGAGCUGAAUGUGUUUCAGUGUCACAGAGAGCAUUUCCUUCCUGGGUCGGAGCACAUUUUCUUAUGAGAGAGGAUCUCGGGUGAGUGGGGCUGUAGCUGCUGCAUUGCCAGGAAAGCUCUUAACAUGGUACCAUCAUAUCUGCACUUCUGGGCCUUUUCAGUUUUCUGUUUGACAAAAGAUGUUUUGGGUUCAGUCUGUUCAGAGACAAGAAAAGUUAUUGGAGCUGAGGGAAGUGACGUCACAAUGCCGGUUAAUAAGGAAGCAGUAAAAGAGGUUAUUUGGGUGUUUAACCACCGCUGCAUCGCUAAAACCUGGCCAAAUCAGAAUUCUGAUAUUACUGAUUCUGCCUAUAAUGGAAGAGUGAGCAAAGAGGCCGGGUUUUCCAUCGUUAUUAAAAAUGUAACCAAAGAAGAUGAAGGGCUUUACACUGCCAACGUGCUCCGUGGCGCUGCUGAGGUCUAUGAGCAACUGUGUUAUCAACUCAGAGUGUACGAAAACUUAUCGCAUAAAGAUCUAGAGAUCCAUCACCUUUUCACUGACAGGGAGAACUGCCACCUCAAUCUGUCAUGUACAGUAAAUAGAGCUGAUGUGACAGUGACUUGGAAUAGCGCUGGCAGAGGGGAGACCAACGUGGCCAACAUUACUUACCAUGGAAACAGCCCGGCUACAGACUCCAGCUACACCUGUAUUGCAGCCAAUCCAGCCAGCAAUGUCUCUCGUACCAUCAUUCCAAGGCUCUUCUGUGUAAAAGGUAAGUUUGUUCAUAUAGAGGAUUUAUAUUCUAUCAGUUCUAUAGACACAAAUGAUAGGAUCCUUGGGCCAUCUAUAAAGCACUUGCACCCAUGGGAUUGGAAGUGCAGGGUGGUGGAAGGAAAGUUCUAUUGCCUUGAAUUUCCAGGUGACUUUAAAAGCGACUAAAAAGAUGCAAGUUAAACAACCUUCAGCUAUAGUUCACCAUAGGCACCAUCACUCCUUACUAUACCUGCUAUCCCACAGUCACAGUCCCUUCCCAGAGGCUAUUAUCC